AUGGCUUCCGGUUACGGUAACAACGGUGGUCCCGGCCGCUGCUACCCCUUCUGGCAAGAAGUUCUUGGUUGCUACGUGGUGAACUCAGGCGAUGGUGCGAGCGGCAAGAAGAAGUGUGUGCCCGCCCUGGACGACUACUAUGAGUGCCUUCACCACCGGAAAGAGGCUCUCCGCACUAUGAAGAUGCAAGCUGCCUAUCGCAAGGCCGAGGCGGCACACCCGCGAGAGAACGCCCCCAAGGCUGAGCAAAUCCGGAGCUUGGGUCCUACUCGGGAAGGAAGAGGAUGCAGCCAAUGUGCUGAGCCAACGGUGAAUGGGAAGGAUGUGCUUGUUAUUUUUCAAUGCGUGUGA